AUGAUCAAGCAAAUUGGGUUUUUCUCUAUUUUAUUUUUUGGAUUUGUUUCUGCACUUCCACAGAACUCGGAUGUUCUUGUUAGUCUUAUAAAGGAAUACAAAGGUGAGAUUUUUCGAAAACAUUAAAAAAUGUAUUCAUUAAAAAAAUUGAAGAUUUCUUGCCUGCCGAAGUUGUUGAAGCUUACAAGAAUUUGUCACCGGACGAGAAAAAUGCUCUCAAAGAAGUGUUCAAAAACUACAAACAAUACAAAAAUGAGGAGGAAAUGAUUGAUGCGAUCAAAGAAAAAUCGCCGGAACUUGGAGCAAAAGCUGAAAAAUUAUAUGAAAAAGUUCAAAAAAAGAUUAAAGGAUUGAGUGAGAAACCGAAGGAGUUUGUUGACAAUCUUCUGGGAAAAGUUCGAGAGAUUCAUGCGAAACAUAUUAGUGGGGAGAAAAUAACAAUUGAACAAUUGAAGACAAUGGUACAAGAGUGAGUUUAUAUGAGAAAUUGAAGGAUUUCUGAAAUAAUUCAAUAAAUUCAGACAAGUUUUGGCUUACAAAGGAUUGUCAGAAGAAUCGAAAAAUGAAUUGAAAACAACAUUCCCGAAAAUCACAGCUUUUCUUCAAGAAGACAAAAUCAAAACUCUUCUCAAAACGUUGGCCGAGAAAAAUUAA